AUGCGCGACACAAAGAGUGAGUUCUAUUGUUCGCAACGACUUAUACUCACUAUUUCAUCAGUGAUCCGAUUGUUCUUACUGCUGCUCCCACUUCUUAAAGGAGCGUACGCCAGCGACAUUAAUAUUACUGAUUGCUUCGUCAAAUUCAGAAAUAAUGCGAACCUGACCCUCGAUGCAUCUGGAUUGGUGAAUGGCAAUGGCGGAAAUGUACCGUCAUCAGGCAUCAUGAACGCAGUUGGAUUCACGUACGAGACCUGUCUCUCGCAGUGCGGCUCUGGAACGCAGAAUCCCACCUGGGCAAACAUAUCACAACAGUUCGGCGCCUGGCUAUUACCCUACCUUGCGCUCAUCUCUCAGCUGCCCUUCGGUGCAAGACAUAGAGUUGACAAUCUCAUGUCUGCCAUUCUCAUAGUCGGUUCACCGGUUCUUGCUGGUUACUCGAUGAUUCUCACCAUUCUCAACGCCAACUGGAUCAGUCGUCAAUUCGAUAACCUAUCCUUCCCCAACACUAAAUCCGCCGUCCGUAUCCUUAUAAGCCUUCAACAAAGUCCACUCAGAAUAUCAAAUGAACACUCGCUACUCAGCUCUCUCGUUGUUCUGCCAGACAACGAUGACUGGUGGCCUUACACUGCCGAUUUUCUCGACUACACUCAUACCUGGUCUAUCGCAUCUGUGACAACCAUUGGGUGGGUCAUUGUUGCCUACCUACUGACUGUCGCCAGCUCGUUGUCAGACGUCCCAUCCAAUAUCAAUUCCAACGGUCAAGGGACGGGAUCGGUGUGGUUGUGGCUUAUCCCAAUCGUUAUAGGUUGGCUGCAACUGUCCCCAAAGUGCGAUUACGCACGCGUUAGGAAGGCCAUGGACAACGCAGAUGCAAUGGCAUUUGUAGCCACUGAUGACUCGGAUGGAGUUAUAAAGGCGUCAGAUCUUUCCGAAAAGCGAGCAGUAUCCAUUGAUACCAAUAUAGAAAACCCUUCAUCUCCCGACGAAAUGCUGACUCCGCCCAUCUAUAACUAUGCCAGGGCCAUUUUAUGGUCUCGGUCAGCGGAGGACGUCUUCGAUGCUUUUCGGAUAGCCUCCAACAAUGCCAAAAUACACAAACCGGUCACGAUGGGUGCUACAUGGAAGAAUGUGAACAGGAGGGAUUUUAUUGACCCCAGUAACAGGAAAGGAAACGCGUCCGAAGUCAAUGCUUACUGCAGACUUCCUCGAUACCCAGGACGGAGCCCCUGGGCGACAGGGAUGUUCUCUCGUAUGUUCGUGGCCUCACUGCUGCCCCUAGCUUUGCAAUGGGCGACAACUGGAGCUGCGGUACUAGUUGUGUAUUUUACUCCGACUGUGGGCCUUGGUUGUAGAUCUCUCGGUUACCUCAUCUAUGGCGCACUUGCAACAAUAAUAUGGGCGAUGCUUGUUAUGUCGAGCAUCUUGUCGCACUACGCAUCCUCAUACUCAGACAGACCCAGGAGUCCGUUCUCAUCCGUCGCUGUCCGCCUCGUAAAGGCAGUAUCGAACCUUUUGAGAUGGGGAGGGAAAUUGGUGGCAAUCGUCAAUGCAAUCUGGAUAAUUGCGGCGGGGAUGCUGCAGUUUACAAGUGUCUAUGAUAAUUGUUACUGCAACUCGAGUGUGUUGGGGAGAGGGGCUCAAUAUGCAUAUGACAUUAUCGUGUUCGAUAGUUUAGACUUGAGUCAAACCAAAGCUGCUUGGUUCGGAGCACUGGCUUUGGCUGGGUCUACCUCUUUGGGAUUCAUUUUUUACAUGAGUUUAUUAACCGAUCUUGUACCUAUAUGA